AUGAAGAAGGGAAUGUCCUGGAAGAACAAAAUCAAAUUCAAGAUACUCUUAUUCGGUUUUUCAAGCAAAAGUGGAGGCAAAGGGAUUGCACCUUGGAAGGAUGGCCAAAGCCGGUUUUUGUUUAAUUGGGAUGACAAAUCAUGGCUUGCAAGGGAUUUCUCGGUGGAAGAGGUUGAGGAAUUUAUUAAACAGUUGGGAGAAAAUAUAGCACCUGGAAGUGAUGGAAUCUCAUACUCUUUCUUAAAAGCUUAUUGGGGCAUUAUAAAAAUUGAUUUUGUUAAUGCAAACAGUUUUUUUCUUCAAAAUGGGGAGAUGGACAAGAAUUGGAAGGAUACCUUGAUAGUGUUAAUCCCUAAAGUGUCAAAUCCCUUGAUUUCUUCCAACUUUAGGCCUAUCAGUUUAUGUAACUCAGUCUACAAAGUGGCGGCUAAAGUUAUUUUAAAUAAGCUUGCCUUGGUUAUUCCCAAACUCAUAUCAGAAGAACAGGCGGCUUUUAUCAAGGGGAGAUCUAUUUCAGAUCAUGUAUUGGUUGCUCAAGAGGUGUUCCACAAGUUCAAGUACUCAAAAUCUUCUAAAGGACUAGCUACUUAUAAAAUUGAUAUGGAACAGGCAUAUGACUCUAUGAGUUGGAAUACUCUUGAAGGAGUCUUGAAAUACUUUGAUUUCCCUCCAUUGUUCUCCAAAUUGAUAUUGGAAUGUGUGUUAGAGCCUAUGUUCUCAGUAAUAAUCAAUGGUAACCUAUCGGAUUGGAUUAUAGCCAAAAGCGGUUUCCGGCAAGGUUGCCCAUUGUCAGCUUUUCUCUUCAUAUUGUGCCCUCAACUCCUCACUAAUACCCUUGCCUUAACUUCUAUUGGAGUUAAUAUUUCUCCUUAUGGACCUCGGAUAUCACAUCUUCUGUACGCAGAUGACGUGAUGCUAUUUUUAGAAGCUAACAAGAAAGUUUCUUUGGAGUUAAAAGAUAUCUUAUCCAAAUUCAGCAAAUGGACCGGCCAGUGUAUUAACAUUGGUAAAUCUGCCAUUCUUUUUGGAAAGAUGGUUAAUAGAAGGAGAAGGAGGUCCAUUACAAGAAUUUUAGGUAUCAAGGAAGUGAAGGAAUUUUUGUAUCUUGGUAUCAAGAUGACUUUAAGAAGAUUGAAGGCUAAUGAUUUUCAGUUCAUCAUUGAAAAAUCAUUUAAGAAAAUCAACACUUGGGGAAGUAAACUCAUUUCCUUGGCUGGUAAAAUAGCUCUAGUUAAAUCGGUCUCUUUGGCCAUCCCAAAUUUAUACAACACACAUUCCUUGGUUCCAAUCCGUGUUCUUGAAGACAUCAACAAAUUAUGCAGGUGUUUUAUAUGGAAUAAGCCUAAUGGUAAAGUUGGCAUUCACUAUGUUAGCUGGGAGGAAUUAUGUAAACCAGUAGAUAGAGGAGGCCGGGGACUGUGCUCAUCUACUUCUAAGGUGGCUGAGCUGAGAGUAAGACUAACAUGGAGAUUUUUUAAUAAUAGAAACUCUCUUUUAUUCAAAAUGCUGGCUCCAAAGUAUGGAUCCAAGGUUGUAGAAGAUAAUAUGAAGAGGUGUGUAUCUUACUCAUGGAAAAUUAUCACUGAUGGAGGUGAAGAACCGGUUAAGUUGGACAGGUUCAUUGAAGAAAAGGAAUGGAAUGUGGCUGAAUUACUGAAUAUGUUUGGUAGUGAAAUGGUGGAGCUUAUUUCACACACCAAAAUUAUGUGUGAUCAACGGGAGGAUAAGCAGGAGUUGAUAUUCAACAGAUCAGGGAGAACAAUAUCAGGGAUGAUUGCUGAGGCUAUGCAGCAAGAUCAGCCUGAAAGCAAAUUUGCAAAAUGGUUGAAAAAAGCUAAACUAGUGCCACGGGUGGAAACUUUCUGUUGGAGGUUAUUCAAGGAAGCUAUACCAACUUACCAGUUUCUAGCACAUAGAAGAUUGCAAGAAGUUGAAGUCUGUCCAAGGUGUUUGGAUGGCAUUGAAGACAUGGAACAUGUUCUAUUCAAAUGUGCCAAGAUAAAGGAGGUUUUGUCUCAACUCAACAAAUGGGGAUUCCGGAUUCCUUUGUUUGAAAGCUUUCAAGAUUGUUGUAGAUGGAUGGAUCAAAUGACAACUCAUAAUGGUAUGCUUCUUAAUUUGUUUUUCAAUGUCUUGUAUCUCCCAUGGAAGGCUGGAAACAUGUUUACACAUGAUAAAGUGGUAGAAGGUGCAAUCUCGGUGGUUGCAAGUGCGGUCAGCUUUUUAUCUACUUUUAAAUUGAUUGUUAACUCAAAAUCGGAACUAUGGGAUGCUAACCAGCCCCUUAGGUUGUCUAAUACUUGGUAUCCCCCUCCACCCGAUUGGUUAAAAAUCAAUGUAGAUGCUUCACUUGACUCCUCUUAUAGAGCUGGCAUGGGAUGUGUUAUACGUGAUAGCAAAGGGAGGUUCUUAAUGGCUUUUGGUGGUAUUAUUGCUUUAUGGAAUGCUAAUGUGGCUGAUUUCUCAUUGGUUGAUUCUUCUAACCAAUGUAUAGUUGGAGACCUCUCAGUUAACAACAAUUGUAAAUGGAGGGUGGCUGCUGUUUAUGCCAACAAGGAAUGCUAUAAAGGGAGGGAACUUUGGGAGUUUCUGGGAAUUCAUUCUUAUAUUGAAUUCCCCAUGGUGGUUGCUGGAGACUUCAACUGUCUCACUUCUAGGGAAGAUAAGAAAGGAGGGAAAAAGUUUCAAUGCACCCAAGGUUCUAAGGAAAUGGAGGCUUUCUUUACCAACAAUGAUUACUAUUAG